AUAUAUAUAUAUAUAUAUAUAUUUCGAGAAGUUAUACAAUGAAUGAUAGGAAAACCACAAUAAAUAUGAUUCUUGAGCAAAAAGUAUCAAAUUUUUAUUUACUGAUUUAGAACAAAAGCCUGGUACAUCAUGGAUACCAAGAGAUACGCCACACACAAAAAAUAAUAAUACAGAGAGACAGUAAGGAUAGAAUGAAUGAAGGACUUCAUUCAGAAGGCAAACCAGCAUCCUUGUCAAGAUUAUUGAACACACUCUUCACUUCACGUUACUUUCAGAAAUGGAAUAAGAAGGAAAUUACAGCAAGUUCACUAUUGACUGCACUUUACGACCAUAUAUGCGUAUCGGAUCUAUUUCCUGAAACCGAUAACCAAGGAGCCGUAACGUACCACCAACUGAUACUACUAACUGCUACAAAAGUAUCCUUCAGCCCACGGCGCCACGUCAAGCAUGCAUGGGCUGGCCCACCCCCACUCCCUCUAGGGCUAGAGAACACCCAUAUGUGCGAAAGCCCCUAGAAAGAUAUUCAUAGAAAGCUCAUGCCCAAGCCACUGACUGAAAUCAGAGUUCUAAGAUAACUACUACAAGCAAUCCAAGGUAACCUCCACCAUCAUGUCUGAAUACACACGCUGCUGGACCACAGAAUUACCUUACACAAUGAU